AUGAAGGUAGCAAGGUCGAUAUUGCAUCUGGGUCUUGUGGGUGCCGUGUCGCCCCAGAGCAGCCUCACGUCGCUGGUGAACUUAUUCAUCGGGACGGCGUCGGGAGCGAAUGGCGGGAGUGGGGGGAAUGCUUUCCCUGGCGCUGCUGUGCCGCAUGCGAUAGCAAAGGUAGGUAUUGACGUCGAUCUGACACCCCGCCAGGCUGGCUAUGUCUCCGGGAACGCGUCUGUCACCGGGAUAUCGCUGACGCAUGAUGAAGGCACGGGCGGGAAUACCGCUGGGGGCUACGGCAACUUCCCCCUCUUCCCGCUCACGGGGUGCGGGUUUGAAUCCUGCCCAGUUGGCAUCGAAGCCCGGAAAGCCUUGCGCGCAGCAGGAGCAGACGCUGCCCGUCCUGGGUAUUUUACUACCACCUUCACGAACAACAUUAAGCUCGAAGCGACCUCGACGAGACGCGCGGGGCUGAUAAGAUUCACGUUCCCGGAGGAGACGACGAACUUCGUUGUCGUCGACCUCACGAACGACCUCCAGCGCUCCUUCGAGGGCGGGAGUAUCCAGAUCUCGCCGGACGGGAGGGUUUUGCUUGGCGGGACGUAUUUGCAAAGCUACGGCCCAAGCAAUUACACCGUCUAUGCAUGCUACGAUUUCGCUCCCCCUGACUCCACGCAAGUCCCCGUCCAAUUUGGGACGUACCAAUCCAUCUCAGUCUCGGCCCCGACGAACAUAACCGUCACGCCCGGUAGCACGUCCCUGUCCUUCGUGUACACGUCUUCGCCGUCGAAGAUCCAGGCGGGGGGCCUGCUGGCGUUUAACAACAGUGUAGUGCUCGCGCGGUUCGGUGUAUCGUUCAUCAGCAGUGCUCAGGCGUGCGCGAAUGCGGAAGAGGAGGUGGGCGCAGCGUGGGGUGGGGCUUGGGAUACUGUGCAGGGUGAGUCAGAGGGCAGGUGGGAGGAUGUGCUGCGGAGGGUGGUGAUUGAUACGGGGAAGGAGGAUGCGGAUGUGGUGGAGUUGCUGUACUCAUCUUUGUACCGCGCUGCGCUGGUGCCGGCGAACUUGACGGGCGAGAACCCGUAUUGGGACUCUUCGUAUCCGUUCUACGACGCGCUGUUCUGCUCGUGGGAUACCUUCCGCACCGUCCACCCCCUCCUCUCCAUCACGUCUCCCAGACAAUGGGCCGACAUCGUCAAUGCGUACAUCGACGGGUGGCGAGCGACCGGUCAGGGGUAUGUACAAGGCGGGAGCGACGGGAUGCCCGUCCUCGGGGACUUUGCGGUCAAGUAUGGCGCGGUGGCGCGGGAGCUGGGUGUCCCGACGGACGAUUUGUACCAAGCGCUCGUGGAUACCGCCGAGAACACUCCGCCAAAUUGGUACACCGUGGGGAGGCAGAAUACGGCGUGGAAGACGUUCGGGUAUAUCCCGACCAACUGGACGGACCCGUCUGGUGCGACAGGGUUGCCGACGCGCGAGGCGUCGCGGACGCUCGAGUACGCCCUAGGCGACUUCGCGGUCCGCCAAGCAGCGCUCGCGCUGGGCAAGCCGCAGGCAGACGCGGAGAAGUACGCCAACCGCUCGAUGGGGUUCGUGAACGUGUGGGAUCCAAACGUGACCAGCGAUGGGUUUUUGGGGUUCGCCCAGCGGAGAUACGCGAAUGGGACGUUCGCGUAUAGCCCGCCCGACGCAUGCUCGCCAGUCGAUCCCACCCCUCAUUCAUGUGCGCGCGGGACGGAUAAUGAUGUUGGGUUCUACGAGUGUAAGUACUGUGAAUUUCUUGGAAAGGGGGGCGGGGUGGUAACUGAGACGUCUGGGGUAGCGUCGUCGUGGGAGUAUAGCUUCUUCGCGCCGCAUUCGAUGGCGACGUUGGUGGGUCUCAUGGGGGGACCAGAGACGUUUGUCAGCCGGCUGGAUAAUUAUUUCGCGAAGGGGUAUUUCUACGCGGGCAAUGAGCCCUCGUUCGAGCUUCCCUGGCUGUAUCAUUACGCUGGGCGGCCGGACCUGAGUGCAUUGCGGAUUAGGAAUGUUGUGUAUAAUAAUUUUGGUACUGGUAUCGGCGGGAUCCCCGGCAACGACGACAGCGGCGCGAUGGCCGCGCUCCUCACUUUCCACCUCCUCGGCCUUUACCCCGUACCCGCCUCCCGCCAGCUGCUGAUCGGGACGCCAUUUGUAUCCGCCUUUAACCUCACUAACAAUGCGUUCAACACCGUAACGAAGUUCGUAGUGGAGAACUUUGACUCCGCUGCUCUGACCGCUACACCUCCGAAUGGAAGUAGCGUGUACGUUAGCAACAUUACGAUUAAUGGGAAGGCGAGCCAGAGCUUGUGCUGGAUAUCGUUUGAUGAUGUGGUGGGUGGGGGAGAGAUUGUUAUCACGCUUGAUAGUGAUGCGGCGACGGCGGCGAGUCGGGGUUGUGGAACGGGUGAUCGUGCACUGCCUGACUCUUUGGGAACCGGUGGAUUUGGGGCUCUUUGA